AUGAUAACCACAACCGAUACGACAACCACAACCGAUACGACAAGCACGACCGACACGACAACCACAACAGAUACAACUAGUACCGAAUCUCCAGGUACACCGAAAUCAACUUCGUCAUAUCCCAUUCGUCAGGCCAUUGAUGAAUGUGGUGAUAUUUGUUAUCCAGGCAGUGUGCCUAGCGGUACAACUCUGUCCAACUGCGCUAUCACAUUCACAGGUUUUAAAGCUGACGCUUGGUACGCAGUUGCUAUUCAGGUCGAAGAUUUUAUUGAUGGAACAAGUAUGACACCAAUGAGUUCAGUACCAGUUCAAUUUUUAAUUUAUGUUCAAUCAUCUUGUUCAAAAAAACCUAUAAUUUUCCCUCUAAAUCGUUGUCUAGAAGUGCAAGUCGGCGUCUCAAUCACAUUUAGUAUAUCUGCCAUGAAUUUAUGCGAUUUAACCGUGGAUACACUUGCUGAUAUUAUUGUUUUAAAUGGAAUUACUGGUAUGACUCGUAGUAAUCUCACAAAUUCACCAAUAAAUACAUCAAUCUACUAUGUCAGAUUUACUUGGACGCCACAGAUAAAUCAAGUUGGAUUGCAGCAGUUAUGUACAACUGCAUUGACAACCGGAAAUUUAACAUCUGACCAAUAUUGUGUGAAUUUUACUGUAAUAAAUUCACCUGAUACUUGCCCAACAACAACAACUUCGACGUCCACAACUACCUCAAUGACAACAACUUCCACGUCUACAACCACGUCAAUUACAACAACUUCGACGUCCACAACUACGUCAACGACAACAACUUCCACAUCAACUACUACCUCAACGACAACAACUUCGACGUCCACAACUACAUCGACCACAACAACUUCUACAUCAACUACUACCUCGACUACAGAAACUUCUACGACCACUACUACCUCGACUACAACAACUUCUACAUCACCAACUACCUCGACUACAACAACUUCUACAUCAACGACUACCUCAUCGCUCUCACAAAUGCUCACUACCCAAUCGUCUAAUGAUCUCUAUCUUGUACUUGGACUAGGUCUAGGUCUUGGUCUUUCACUAUGUCUCGUCCUGAGCAUAUUGACCACUUGUCUUUGUUGUCGAUGCUGUCCAGGAGUGUUCUGUCCGCAAACACAAGCGACAGAUUCAUUUCGUGAAGAUUCAUUUCUAUCAUCUUCACCUUUCAAUAUUCCAUCUCUGACAAUGACACAAACUACAUUCAUGUCGCAGCUCUCAAUUAAUGUGAUGCCAAGUGAGAAUAUUUCAACUCCAUUGAUUUGUCCUGCACAACUUUCUCGCCUUGAACCUGGUGGAUCGAUACUUGUUCGAGCUUAUAUGGCACAAGAACAACCAAAAGACAACUUUUCCGAUUGA